CAAACCCACGAGUACGUAAGAUAUUGUCAGCUAUGUGUAUAUAUUAUAAAUCUUUGUUACAAGCACAAAGGUUUUCUGCUCCAGGGAAUUUAACAUUAACAUAAGUUGUUAACAGAAAAAUCUGCACCAUAAUGCAUACACGGGCUUAACCUACAGUGAUCAGGAAUUGAACAAUCUGCAUGUAUGUGGUUUCGUAUAAAAUUCCCCUCGGUACUCGGUUUAGUUUGAUCGUAUUCACAAAGAAUUAAUGAAGAUUCAUAUAGAAACUCCCACGUCAAACUUCCUUGUUUAUUGAGCUUCAAUAUUUUAAGAAAUUCAUUAAUGAUAUGAAUGAAAUUACGAUUGAUGGACUUUUCGUGGAUUGUGUUACUUUAAUGUAAUAAAUACAGCAAAGCUUCACGAGUAUCUGUACUUAGCGAAGCGUAUAAUGUCAAUGUAAAUUGCUUUUCAAGAUCCACACUGUUUUUUGUCGAGCAGUUACUUAAGCUAACUGUCAGUGUUAUCGAGUUACUUCUAUAUGAACAAAAGAAGGAAGAUGGCUGAUGCCAGCAUGAAUUGGCGAUUACAUUUCAGUGCAUUUUCGCCAAAGUUUUAAAACAAAGACAAAUAGCAUACAUUGACAAUCCUUACGACGAACAUGUCUCGCAAAUUAUGAUCGCAAAAUGUGACUUGAAGUAUUUGAAUGAUCGUCAAAAGGGACUUGAUAAGGAAAAGAGAAGCGUAGUUAGUACUGGAGACUUUGAUUCUAAAAACGAGAUUGAUGAAGGAAAGAGAAGAGUUGCUAAUAUGGGAACUAAUGAUACGAUUGAUAAAGGAAGGUGCGAAGCUCUUAAUUCGUUUAACUUUGAAAACACGCAAAGUUUGGCAGAUAAUGAAAUGAAGUUAGACUCGCUGAGUCCUCUGGAGAGCGAAGUGAUAUGUGAUGUAUCCGCAUCCGUAGACGAUUGGAGUUGUUUAUUUUCUGCCAAUCAGUGUCAUAUCAACUCUCCAGCUGGUCAACUUCAAUUAUCUCUCUCUUAUGACCCGUGGUUGUCAAGUUUGAAAAUAAGUAUCAUCAAAGCUAAGGGUCUUACCUGUGCUAAAUGUGCCAGCAAGGAAAGAAACAGUGGCAUUAUAUGUGUUGGUACUUUUUUCAAAAUUUCGUUACUUUGUGGUGGUAAAUUAACUCAGUCCAAAAGAACUGCAACGAAAACGCGAAAGGCUGAGAUAUUUUUCUACGAGAAAUUCUCGUUUGUGGUUGAAAAGGAACCAUUCGUAAUUGCAGUUUACAAUGCGAGGCCAUUCAUAAAAUAGGCUCGUUCAUAAAACGCGAUCAUGUCAUAGGUUCUGUGAUGAUUGGAGGUGAUGAUCGCUAUGGUGAAGACGGUGUUUCUCAUUGGCAGGCAAUGCUUCGUAGAUGCCAUAAAGAUGUCACUAUGUGGCAUUUUCUUCAUUUUUGAUGAAAAGAAAUGUUAAUCUUAACUUCGCGUGGUUAUUGAAAGGAAAAUUGCAAAUGGUUAGAAAACAUUGUGUUGAACUACUGUUAUAUGAUAACAUGAGCCUUGAUGAACUGAUAACAUCAGUAAACAUAAUAUGUGAAAUUUACUGCAGGCCAAAGCUUAAAAGAUUUUCUAUCUUUUGCGCACUGAAUAUGUGAAAUAGUUCUAGUAUUUAGUUUUAGAUAAUGAAUAAUAUAUUUAAGUAUGUAAAAUUUGUAGAAAAUAAAUGUAGUGUUUCUGUUGGACUAA